AAGAUACAUAUAGCAGCAGUCGUUUUAUAAGGUGGACAGUGAUUAGAUUUGUUCGGGUUCUAGGUUCGCUACACAGUUUACUAUUCAUUAAACACUUACUAGUAUUUACACAUUUGUUAUUUUAGCUGUAUUUAACAAAAUUGCGUUACCCCAUGUGACUGUGUUUGCCCCACCCGCAUUGGACGACGUAACGAGUCAUUUUUAUGAAACGUAAAAAGAGGCGUGUGUUGUCUAGUGUUAUGCAAAGUUAAAGUAGCUAUAUAACUCCACUUAAAAAUAAUUAUCCAGCUAACUAGCUAGCUACCAAAAGAUGUCGUUUUACAGAAACGCCGUUUGGUUCGUUAAAGGACUUCAAGAAUACACAAAAAGCGGAUAUGAAGCAGCAGCUAAGCAGUUUAAUACUGGGGACCUGGACGUAAACCUGAGUGGCAGGUCUUUUGUUAUCACUGGGGCCAACAGCGGCAUUGGAAAAGCUACAGCCCAUGAAAUAGCCAAAAGAGGAGGGAUUGUCCACCUGGUGUGUCGUAACAAGGAACGGGCACAGGAGGCAAAGGAGGAGCUGGUGGAACAUAGUAAAAACCAGAAUGUCCAUGUUCACAUCGUUGACAUGUCCAGUGCAAGACAAGUGUGGGAGUUUGCAGAGAGCUUCUCAAAAACCAACAGCAUUCAUGUACUGAUCAACAAUGCAGGGUGUAUGGUAAACCAGAAAGAGCUGACAGAGGAAGGUGUAGAGAAGAACUUUGCUACUAACACUCUCGGUACCUUCAUCCUAACCACAGCGUUGAUACCAGCCCUGAAACAGGCACAGGACCCACGAGUGAUCACAGUGUCUUCAGGGGGCAUGCUGGUCCAGAAGAUGAAUGUAGACGACCUGCAGUCUGAGAAGGGGACGUUCGACGGCACUAUGGCCUACGCUCAAAAUAAAAGACAACAGGUGAUACUGACCGAGAGAUGGGCGUCCCAGCAUAAAGAGAUCCAUUUCUCAUCAAUGCACCCUGGCUGGGCUGAUACUCCAGCUGUCCAGUUGUCCAUGCCUGACUUCCAUGCUAAGAUGAAGAACAAGCUGCGUACGGAGUCCAUGGGGGCCGACACGGUGGUGUGGCUGGCUGUCUCAGCAGUGGCCUCCAACCAGCCCAGUGGACUCUUCUUCCAGGACCGAAUGGCGGUGCCCACACACCUUCCGCUGGCUUUAUCCAGGUCCUCUCCGGCCGAUGAGGAGAAGCUGCAGGCAAUAUUGGAGCAGCUCGCACACAAGUUCAAACCUUGACCUCUCCUACAGCGGUCAAAAGGUUAUGAACAGACAGACCCUCAAGCCCAUGUGUCCGUUGACAAACACUCCUCAUUAUAGAUAUGCACUGUAUAAAGCGGACAUGGCGGUAAUAUUUUUACAACCAUUUUCUAUUUAUGAUGAUGAUCUGUAAAUUGAUUGCUUGCUAUUGCUAAGAUCAGUGUAGCCACACAGAGCAUUUCAGUGGCUCAUGUUUGGGGUAGAGGCCUUCACUGGUCGUUCUGAAAUGGACCUGGGGUUUUCCCAUCCAGACCUGAAAUGCAUAAAUUUGUAAAAAUAAAUAAAUAUAGAAGCCCGUUCAGUACAACUUGACCCGUUCCGUAUAGACCUGGUCCGAUCCAGACCCGGUCCGUUCCGAGUAAGACAAGCAGCAGAAAGGUCCAUUUUUAAGCUACUUUAUUAACUGGAGCUGAUAAAAAGGGGAGGUAGAGAGAGGUGACGCUCUAGCAGGGGCCGUGCUGUGUGUGUAGUCUGCUGUGAGUGUGAGCGAGUGACGUGGGGAGGCGGGAGAGAGAAACCGCAACCAAACAAGCUGACUCGCGCUGUAGUAGAAUAAUACCUGCCAUUGCUAGGUUAUUUAUCAUCCAAUAUGAUUACAUAGUACCUGUCUUGACUGCACCAAACCGGGAGAAGAUAGCUAGGCUAAUUGAGGCUGAUAACUAGGCUAAUUGAGGCUGCAUGCACUUUCUCGUCCGACACAUUUACAAACAAUGCCUCCAGUCCACAGGAGGUUGGUGGCACCUUAUUUGGGGAGAACAGGCUCGUGGUAAUGAGUGGAAUGGUAUAUAACACAUGCAGUGGCAGUUCUAGCUUGUAUGGCUUCCUAGGCAUACCCCCCCCCCCCAAAAAAGCACCAUUCUGCACAAACUAAUUUUUUUUUCAUUUGGAACACUAUAAAUAAAUAAUCCUAACAUUUAAAACUAUAAAUAUACAAAAAUAAGACUCAUGAAUAUCAAAGACUAAUAUAAACCAAUUGUAGUAUAUAUAUAUAUAUAUAGAAAAUAAAAUUGAAUUAUUACCCUAUUGCUACCAAAAAACAAAAUUGCACAAAUCCUAUUUUACACAAAUAGAAUAACACACUUAUAAAGAAGAGAACCUGAUUAAUGCACUUCAAACAAUAAACACAAAAACGAAAUUGCACAACUAGUUUUAUUAGUACUGUGCAAAGUUAGAGGUGUGCUAUUUGAUAGGGGGAGCAGGGGAAUCUCGGGCUUCCAGUAGGGAGACCUGAAGUUGACCUACCUCCGCCCCCUCCCCAUCUUGUACUUCUGAGUGAAACUUUCCCAGGCAGUUGCCUGCCUAGCUCACAAACUAGAAUCAGGGCACCCACUCUCACACAGUGACAUGAUAUCAUUGACGUGACGUGCAAAUGAGUGAUAGAAAACCUUUCGCAAAUGUCACCAUUCGGAUAAUUAUUAUUAAAAUAAAAUUGUGCGGCCGCCCCCGGCAAGAUGCUGGCCAUAUCGCCUAUGCCUAAAUCCGCCACUGAACACAUGGUUUCCAGGUGUUUGAUGCCAUUCCAUGCUCUGUUCCCAGUGGCGGUUCUAGACCAUUUCAACUGGGGGGGCCAAGCGGGGGCCAGUUACAUUAGACGUUAUUGUUGUCAUUGUUUUCUUCACUGCAUUGCAGGCAAAAGACCAUGUUCAUAAUCAGCAUCGUUGCCACUGUCUAAUAACGGAUGUAAAAAAAGAACGAUAGAACCGCCACUGUCUGUUCCGGCCAUCAUUAUGAGCCGUUCUCCCCUAAGCAGCCUCCACUGCUCCGUUCAGAAUAUAAAGUAGCAGCCUACCUGUGGGCUCUUCGUCGUUGUAGCCUAUCCUUCUCCUUUUAACUUAAUUCCAUUUGAAUUCAAUCUUCUAUUGAUUAGGUAUCUCCUAACUUUUGCCCCACGCGGAGGCUCUGACUGUAGCCUAUUACCGCUUUGAUUACUUAUGAUUGGCCAACAACAAGCUACAUGCGCCAGUCUCGUGAAUAAAUUAUACCAUUUCUCUCUCUACUGCAGCAGUCGAGUUCAGGUCUCUAUGGGUCAUUCUGGACAAGUCAGUUAACAUUACACAUACCCGAGACCAGUGACAAUCAGAUCCAACCCAAAACCCGUGACAUUAUUUCGAAUUCUGGAUCUGGACCCGUUCGGGUCCUGGAUCGGGUAUCAGGAAUUCGGGUACAGGGGGAUCUGUGAAGACCUCUAGUUUGGUGUCAUUUGAUGCUUCAUAACGUUUUACACCAUACUACUUCCCUCAAAUUUUUCUACAAAGGCUUUUCCAUUAGCUUGAAUGUUGCAUACUUCGUACAGUUCCGUACUAAUACAGUACAUAGUGAUUUACGUCAGAACUUCUAUGGAAACUGGACCUUUCAUUUCAGAAUGUGCUCUAGCCAGGCAGCUGGUUUAGGUUGAUGGAUGAAUAAAUCAUGUUUUACUCAGAUUUAGCAGUGUAUACCAUCCACAGCAUUUUUACUCAAUCAAAUUUUAUUGGUCAUAUACACAAAGGUUUUCAUCAGGGUUUAACAAGGGCUCAUGUUCAAAGGUGCUUCUGGCUGUUGUCAGCGGUAAUAGUGUCAUUACAACUGUUUUGUAUUCUGUUAUUAUUAGUUUACUGUACAACCAGAACAAACAGUCAGUCUUUAUAUUUGACUUGUCCAGAGAAUCAUUGAGACACUGUUCUUAAAGCUACAUGUUGUUUGUCUUGUUUUACGUGGUUUAGUACUUUGACAUACUUUCUUUAAAAUGAUUUUAUCCUUGUUAAUCAAACCAGGACCUGUGAGCAGAAAUGUGUUUUAUUAUUAAGAGCACAAAUAAAGCCAAGGCUAUUGAGCUUUUUAUUAAGAUACCACUGUACACACUCGUGUAGAAUGUCCAGUGCAUUAAAGACAGUUAAUCAACUUCAAGUAAAUAAUAAAAGGCACCAAUAAAUAUUUAAAUCUUAUUUUCA